AAGGACAACCAUUCCACCAAUUUGUGAUACUCUUAAACCAUUUAUAUAAAUAGAAAACUCAUACUCUAGAAUCAAUACCCCAACACAAUAUUGGAGUUCGCCAUGGCUCGCCUUGUGUCAGCAAUGAAGUCUUCGUUGAGUAUGCCUCAAACUGGAUUUGCAGCUCUAACCCUUUUCUUUUGCGCCUUGACGCUUUUCAUGUGUGCGUCACACUCCAGAAGGUGGCGACGGUGGAGUGCUUGCUAUACGAGCAGGGGCAGUGAGCCUGUCAUACAUCAGCUUCAUAAUGAAGGAAUGAUGUUCACUUCAACAGAUGCAGAGGAAAACCAUCAUGUCUCAGGACCUGUUUGGCAGAAGAACAUUCUCAUGGGUGGAAAAUGCCAGCUACCAGAUUUUUCUGGUGUCAUUAUUUAUGACUCUACUGGAAGUACUGUCGCACCAAACAAGCCUUCUCGACUUGCUCUUCCUUGGAAAUAA